AUGUCAAACGAUACAUUGGUGUUAAAUAUGAGUAUUGAAACAUCUCUUACACGUCUGAUCAAACUGGUUCUAUUCGCAACUCCACUAGGACCGUCACUUUUGUGUUCAAUCUACAUAAUGAUAUGUUUCGUUUCUGAAAGUAAACUACGUCGUCAUAAUAAUCAUGUUAUGAUUGCCAUCAUUAUUAUUGAUUUCAUCGAGCUCAUCUUCGAUCUUACUGCUAUAACUCUGCCUUAUUUACAUACGGGUCGUGUCUACAAUUUAUCUGUUUGUCUCUACUGGGUUACAGGUAAUUAUGCAUUACAAGGUAUAGCCGCUUGGCUUAUGGCAUGGGCAUCUAUCGAUCGAUACCUUCUCAUCUUUCACCAUCGUCUUCGAACUACAUUCAUCAGACAUGAUUUACCACUCGCAAGCAUUUGUAUUUUCAUUGUUAGUUGGUAUACUACUAUUACAUUGACACAUCCAUGUAGUGAAAAUUGGUUCGAUGAUACUAAGUUUCUAUGUGGUGGACCAUGUUUUAAUAGUAGCGCCAUCAUAACUACCAUGGACUGGAUUCUUAUUGUACUCACACCUGCACUACUGAUUAUUUUAGUCAAUUCAUUUCUCCUCGGUAGAGUGCUAUUUCAAAAAUGUCGAUGUCAUUCAGGUGUUAGGAGACGUUUACUGACGUGGCGUAAAACAAGAAAAUUACUUAUUCAACUACUUAGCAUUAUUUUCACCUUUCUCAUCACACAAGUGCCUUUAGUUAUUCUCUCACUUGUACAAAUAUCCUUCGCACCCGAUUUUCUUGCUGAUAUUUCACUUAUCUGGCUCUAUUAUAUGCCCUAUUUGAUUUAUAUUGUCACACCCUUUGUUUAUAUUGUAACAACUAAAGACUGUCGAACACAUAUAUGUAGACGUUCCCGUCGUAUAGAAGCGAUGGCUACGGUGCCGCUACAUCGACAAGAGCACUCAAAUACUUAUCAUAGAAAUAUCAUACCGAGAAUGGCUCUUCCUCUGAAUAACUCCAGCUACCCUCAAGGUCAAUCAGUUAGAUAG